AUGGCUGAUCCGUCGACAUGUCUACCGUUGACGCCGGACUCGGUCGCUAAAGCACAUGCUGCCAUCAAGUCGCACGUCCACCGUACGCCUCUUAUUACGUCUAAGACAUUGAACGAGAUCGCAUCCUCGCCAAACCCAGCAGCAUAUCUUUCGGACACUCCCCCAAGUACGAACGGACACAGCAAUGGUGCCUCACCUGCGCCACGUCUGUCUCUGCACUUCAAAGCCGAAAAUCUGCAACGCAUUGGAGCAUUCAAAGCCCGUGGCGCGUUUCAUGCAUUAUCCCACUUGAUUACUCUGCAUGGCCUGCCCGCCAUCCAGAAACGCGGCGUGAUCACGCACUCCAGCGGGAACCACGCACAAGCUCUGGCAUUAGCGGCGAAGGAAUUCGGAGUUCCGAGUUAUAUCGUGAUGCCAGGUAUCAGCACGGCGAGCAAGAUCUCGGGGACGCAGAGGCAUGCUACGGAAGUGAUCUUCAGUGGAAGUACGAGCAGCGAGAGGGAGGAGAAGGUUGCUGCGAUCAUGCGGGAGAAGGGUGGUGGGAGGGACGGGGAGGGGCCGAUCUUGGUGCCGCCGUAUGAUCACCCGGAUAUCAUACUUGGGCAGGGCACGACUGGGAAGGAAAUUGAGGAGCAAUAUGAGGAGUGGAUCAGGAACCAGCCAGAGGGACACAGCGGCAAGGCUUCGCUUGAUGUGGUGGUUGCGCCGAUUGGCGGUGGUGGGUUGCUGGGUGGCAUCGCGACGUGGUUCUCGGACAAGCCCGAGACGCGCGUGUUUGGCGCGGAGCCGGAGUUUGAGGGCGCCAACGAUGCGGAACGUGGGCUAGCACAGGGCAAGAGGAUAGAGAGUGUGAAGACGCUUACGAUAGCCGAUGGGCUACGCACGCCUGUGGGUGUGACGAAUUGGACUGUGGUCAGCAACAAGGACAAGGUAGAAGCGGUCUUCAGCGUCACGGAACAGCAGAUCAAGAUGGCUAUGCGCUUGGUGUUCGAGAGGAUGAAGUACGUAGUCGAGCCGAGUGGGUGUGUACCGUUAGCGGUGGUGCUGUUCAAUGAGAAGUGGAGGAAGUGGGUGGUGGAGGAGCAGAGGAAGGAGGGAACGGGAAGGGCGUGGGAUAUUGGGGUGGUGUUCAGUGGUGGUAACACGACGAUGAAGGCUAUUGCGAAGCUGUUCGGCGAGGAUGAUGCUGAAGAGGCAGCUUCGAAGACAGCCGAAAGCGAAAGAGCGACGGGUGAGAUUGGCGUGAAUGGCGAGAAAGUCGCUGAGAACGUCGCUGGAUAA